AGCUUUCAUCAUCCAAAUCAUCCAAAUCAUCAUCAUCCGAAUCAUCAACAUCAUCAUCACCUAAAUCAUCAUCAUCAUCAUCAUCAUCAUCAUCAUCAUCAUCAUCAUCAUCAUCAUCAUCAUCAUCAUCAUCAUCAUCAUCAUCAUCAUCAUCACCUAAAUCAUCAUCAUCAUCAUCAUCAUCAUCAUCCAAAUCAUCAUCCAAAUCAUCAUCAUCAUCCUAA